AUGGACUUUGCAGGCUCGGCCGCCUUUCCGCUGACAGGUGGCCUGCUCUGCGCGGCCGCGCUCGUCGGCGCGCUCGACGCGUUUGCGCCGCGUGUGAGCGGUGCGACUGGGCUGCCGCUCAUCACCGUGCACCUCCUGGCCGGUGCCGCCGCCCGUGCCGUCGGAUGGCUCACUCCUCCGGCGCUCGCCGUGCUCGCGCCGCUGCACACGGCGGCGCUCGGCGUCAUCUCCAUCGCCGCCGGCGCGGAGCUGGAGCCCUCGGCUGUGCGGCAGAGCGGCAGGGUGAUUGGCCACCUCGCGGUCGCCAACUGCGCGUCGGCGCUCGCGUUCGUGUUUUGCUGCUCGUACGUCUUCAUCGGCCCCUCCGCCUCCAUCGGUCUGGCCGCCGGCGACCGGCUGGCGGCCGCGUCGCUGCUCUCCUCCGUCGUGGCCAUCGCGCGGUCGCCAUCGAGCGCCAUCGCGCUCGUGGCAGAGCUUCGCGCCGACGGCCCGUUCACGCAGACGCUGCUGGGCGUGACCAUGGUCACCGACUUGCUCGCGGUCGUCCUCUUUGCCAUCUGUGCCGAGGCGGCACAGGAGGCGCUGGCGCCUCUGCGCGACGGCGAGGAGGCGGGCAGAGCGCCGCUCGCCCUCGCAUGCGGCGUCGCGGUGCGGAUGCUCGUGCAGGCGGCGGGCGGGUCGCUGCCCUGGGUGGAGCCAAUGCUGGCCUGCAUGGUCGCCGGCGUCGCCGGCCGCAACGCGGACGCGCUGCGCGCGGCGGCAAAGUCUGGACUGACCCGGCGCGGCUCGAUGGAGCUCGGAGUGCUGCGCCGCGCCUGGCCCGCCGCCACCGCCUUCUUCGCCGCCCGCCUCGGCGCGAUCGCCGCAGGCACCGCCGCGGGAGCGGCGAGCUCGGGCGCGCCGCAGGCGAUGCGCCGCUUUGGCUGGCUGGGCUUCGUCACGCAGGCGGGCGUCUCGCUCGGCCUGGUGGACGAGAUUGGCGCGAGGUUCGAGUGGGCGGCGCCGCUGCAGUCUGCGCUCGCGGCGUCCAUCGUCCUCAACCAGCUCGUGGGUCCUCCGAUGCUCAAGCUCGCCCUCCGCCGCUCGGGCGAGACGGACGCCCUCGCCGAGCGGGGCGAGCCGCUGCUAGGGCAGCGCUUGGCCGACACCGCGACGCCAGAGGUGGCCAUGGCCGUGAUGGCCUCCGCCGCUGCCGCCGCGUCGGAGAUCGGCUCCAGCGUUGCGGAAGCGUACGGCGCGGCGCUGGACUCGUACGCGCCGCGGAGGGACUAA